AUGGGCGCGGAACCUUGUCACCUGACCGUUAGGCGACCGGCACUCGCGGCGACAUCGACGGACAGGUAUCGAUCGCCCUGUCACGUGGCCCACGGCUCUCGUGUGGAAGCUAACAUCGUCAUCAUUAUGUGCAUCUGGGGUGUAUGCGGCGAGGUGGGAACCACCUUCCGCUGCAAAUUCUGUGGCACACAGUUCUGCAUGGUGUGUGGCAGAGGUGAAUUUAUCGGCACCAUGGUCGAAUUUGACAAAUGCUUUGUCUGCAGUUCGCGCAACUUCAAGGAAAACAUUCCCAACCCGCAUGCUCGCCGCUACACCCCCGAGAAGUUGGCCCUAAUGCAGAAGAACAACCCGAAGAAGGGCAAAGGAAAGAAGGACAAAAAGAAGUAG